AUGCCCCGUUUCGGGCCGCACGCGUGGGUUCAUGGGCUGCGCCAGUCCGCGCCCAGCUCUGUCUCGGGCACGAUGCCAGCCACGGGUACAACAAUGGGAAUGCAUCACACGGCGCUGCCGUCGACAAUUGGUGUCUCGGGCAAGUCGGGCGACCACGGACGAAAGCAGCUGAGCGCGUAUGGUCGCAUUGUCUCCAACCUCUCGGCCGGGGCCCUCAUUCUAUUAUCCCUUCUUACGCUCAUCGUACUCAUCACGGAGGGCAUGUUUGAUCGGCUUGUCAUGUCCAACAACGGACAGUCGCUCGACUACUUUUGGGCUGCAUAUGGCGAGACGUGUGAGCUGGCGCCGACAGGCUGGGUGCCACAGUCGUGCUCAGCCCUCGAGGUCAAUGCGACAACGCCGGAUGCGUGGGCCUCUGUCGGACGCAUUCUCGCUGCACAGUGGUCGUUGGAGCUUCAAGAAGCCUCGCCAUUGUACAUUACCACGUGCAUCGUCGGUGGCCACACGGCCGUCGGGUGGGGCGUCCUUAUCUUCAUUGCCGGCUACGAUGCGUACCCGGCGUGCAUUCCAACCACCGGUGGCCAGCCCAUUGCUGGCAUCGCCAUGCUGGAAAGCACCGUUCGGGACAACCAUGGCGUCUACCUCCUCACACUCUACUCGGACAAAAAUGCCACCAUGCAGUCGAUCACGCACCACCGCAACACGGACGGCACGUCGCAAGACAUUGUGUCCACACCAUUGCGGACCACGAUUGCCAUCGAUGGUAGCUACGCCGCCGAUGCCAUCGGCACGGAUUUCAUCGUACUCUCCACACCGCUGACGACUCGGUAUACGGUCAACGUCUACUGCAUCUCGCAGAUUCAGGUCGCGUCGGACCUCGGAUUGCCUGGGUGGAGCCAAGGGAAACAUGGUGGGAUUCCAGUCACGCCAGCGUGGCUCUGCGGCAAUCAAGUCUCGAACGCGUCCGAGCUCAUUGCGUUCCAGAUGAUCCUCAUUGUUCUGACUGUGCUGGCACUCAACGGCGAUGUUUACAUCACGUUUGAGGGCAUCCGAGGGCUCAUUGCGGGCAAACCCGUGCUCACCUACGCCGUGCUCUCAGGUCUCGAGCGUCGCAAGGUGCUCACAUUGCUCAUUGCUUUGAACGCGGCACCGUCCCUCUUGUACCUGGACGUCGCACGCAUCUACGUGUUUUCCGUCAACGGCUACAAGAUCUGGUGUCUCUCGUGCCUCUUGGUCGCAACUUUUGUGUCAUUUACCCUUCUCGCGGGUCUCAGUCUACUCAGCGCAGUACCGCUGCCAUUGCCAACCAAGUGUGUUGUCUACUCGGCCCCAAUCUUUCUCUACACGUCGAUCGUCACAGUCUCCUGGACCCUCAGCUCCAACACAAAUUUCAUGAAGGCCAACAAUAUGCUGUUUGCGGGCGCGGCCGAGCUUGCCAUGAAUUUCAACGGCGUGUCAUGGCCCAGCGGCUCGUAUGUCCCGUACGGCGUCGCGACGGUCGUUCAGCUCUUUCCACAAGAGAUUCUCUAUCCGGUCUUCGGCUCCCUUCUCUUCUCCAUAUGUGUUGCCACCUUGCGACUCUACUGGUCAACCCAUGCGCUCGUCUUGAACCUCGAGUGGUGUGCGUCGAAUGGGUUCCUAUCGCACUGCAACGUGCCUCGCGUGCUCACGUCGUUGCCGCUGCACCCGUCGCAAGCCAUCAAGAUUGGCAACAAGAUGUUUUGCCGUCCGAGCACGAUGGCGCUGCUGGGCUAUGCGUCCGUGACCGAAACCGAAAAACACUCUUUGGGCGUCGUGCCCUACGACCCCAAGCCCCACAAGGAGACGGAGACAUACGUCGUUAGUGUCUACUGGCUCGGAUUGGCCAUGCUACCAACGUCCUUUGCGUGGCUGCGCCCAUACGUGGCCGGUGUCGUCGUCGAGAACCACUUUAAAGUCCAACGACAGCCGCGAACGGCGGAAGCCCUCGACCGCGACCACGUGUACCGCUACACCCGCGGCAACUGCGUCACAUGA